AUGCCGGAGCAGAUCUGCUAUGCUAAAUUGGAUGAUGAAUUACCAGGGAGUAAAUCUGUUUUAAAAUGGAAAACAUCAACUUAUUUUUUGUCAUCAUUACUUUAUGCAAUUCAGACUGAAUAUGUAAAACAAGCUUUAUUGAAUAUUCUGAGGAGAAAUUACAAUAUUACAGUUGAUAAGAAUGUAUACUUGCUAAUUCAUUUCAAUGAACCAUUGAUUAGUGAAAUUGAUUAUAAAUGGAACUACAGAAUUUGCUCAAUUUGUAUUAGAGGUUUAGAGCUAGAGAAGUCGUUAUGGAUUUUGUCUACUUUUGGUGGUGCUGUAUCAGCUAUGGGUGAUUAUUAUAAGCAUUUCGCUAAAAAAGCAGAACUUAUUUCCUACAAUCAACUACAACUUGCUAUUAGUAUUGGUGAUCCGGUUCUAAUUUCACGCUGUAAAUUAUAUAUUUCGAUCAGUUUAAUGCAAACAAAAAAAUAUCGUGCAGCUGCGAAAAUUAUUCGCCGACAAUAUAGCAUUGCAAAAGCGUUAAAAAAUCAAUUUCUAUUUCAUUGCUGUGAAGGAGUAUGGAUGAAAUUGCGUGGUAUAAUCGAAAACUCUAGACAGAUAACCUAA